AUGCAUGUUAAGAUUAUUCUUUGGAAUAAAUAUUUUGUCGAGGUCACAGACUCUCUAGUUGGUGACUAUACAUUAUCCAUCUUAUAUAAAAACAAGGCUGAUGGUUUUGAGUGGGUUCUCACUGAUGUCUAUGGACCUAAUAAGCCAUGUGAAAGAAAGAUUUUUUGGGAAGAGCUAGACAAUAAUUGCAGAAUGUGGAACCUUCCAUGGUGUAUGAGUGGUGAUUUCAACGCAGUCUCAAAGUGUGCUGAAAAAAAAGGUUGCACUAAGAUCUCAAGGAUCAUGAAAUGUUUUAAUAAAUUCAUAUCAAGUCAUGAUCUCAUUGAUCUUCCUCUCAAAGGUGCAGGAUUCACUUGGUCCAAUGGUCAGGCAAAUCCAAUCAUGUCUAGACUGGGAAGAUUCCUUAUUUCCCCUUCUUUUGAAGCACAUUACCCAUUUAUUUCUCAAUUAGCCAAAGCUAGACCUACCUCAGAUCAUAUUCCUAUCCUUCUUGACAUUUCUGAUCCUUCUUGGGGACCUAACCCUUUUAGAUUUGAAAUUAUGUGGUUCUUGGAGAAUGGAUUCAUUAACAUGUUAGAAGAGUGGUGGUCUUCUUUUUGUUUUGCAGGUAGUCCAAGCACAAUUUUCUGGUGCAAGCUUAAGGCUCUUAAAGAAAAGUUAAAGGAGUGGAACAUGGAUACUUUCGGGCAUACUACUUCCAGGUUGGAAAAAAUUCUUUCUGACAUUCUAGAUCUUGAGAGUAUUGCUGAAGAAGAUGAGUUAUCUUCUGAACAACUUAAUGAGAAGUUACUUCACACUGUAGAAUUUGAGAAAGUUACUCAGAUGGAGGAGGUGGCUUGGAAAGCUAGAUCCAAGUCAGAAUGGCUGACUGAAGGUGACAGAAAUACUCACUUUUUCAUGAGUAAAGCAACAUCCAGAAGGAGACAUAACAGGAUAAAGCAACUAUACAUUGAUGGUAAUCUUGAAGAUGAUAAAGUUAAACUGCAGCAUCACAUUGUAGACUUUUAUAAAAAUCUUUUCAAGGAGGAGGAAGUAAUUAGACCUGAACUACAAGAUAUUGACUUUGAUACCAUCAAUACUUUAGAAUCUGGUAUUCUAGAUGCUAAUUUCUCUGAAGAUGAAGUACUUCAUGCUAUUAAAGCUCUUGGUCAGGACAAAGCUUCAGGUCCAGAUGGUUACCCACUAAUGUUCUUUUCUAAGUGA